UUAUUAUCUAAAGUGCCAUGUACUACCAUUAAUUGUAAUAAUAAUAAUACAUUAAUUUUGGAAUUUAUCUUCAAUGGAGUUGUAUUUAUGAAUAUGUCUUGGACUUUCCAAAAACCUAGCUUUUAUUUUGGGUACUUUUCCCCUUUGCGUGUUAUAUGUAAAGCUGAUCAUAAUAACACGUUCUUUUCAUGAAAUUCAUCUUUUUCAUAUUCUCUUUGCUUACAUUAAUAAUACAUGAAUUUUAGUUUGUUUCCACUGAAAACUCGUACAAUCAAGCUGGUACUUUUAAUAAUACUUUAAUUAUUUUGGGUUUUUUGUGUUCACUUAAGUAAUUGAUAUAUAGGAUUCUGGGUAACAUAUUAGGGAGGAUAAUUAGUCUCCUUGGUGUUUGAUUACUGUUUGUAAACUAUUGGGAGUUGUCCAACACAAGGCUCAAAAUCGAAAUUGGCUUGAUCAAAUGUCAUCAGAAAUCAAGCUAGAUAUUGGGAAUAGCUAUGAACAUUAUGAAUCAGAAGCAGGUCUUCUAGAUGGUAAAAAUAACAUGUCUGUGGCAGUCAACGGAAUAUACAACACCAUUGAUGACUACCAUCAAGGAAAAAAGUCUAUUAGUGACAUUACAUCACCAAGGGAGCGUAGAUCAUCUAGCGAGAGAUUUCUACGACCCAAUCGAACAAUAUUAAACAGUAUUGCCAACCAUGUAGUUCAUGAGGAAAAAGACAGGGAGUACAAAUCUGGAAAGAAACCUUCUGGCCCACUUGUGUCUGGAGCUGCUUACUGUCUUUCCUCCUGUAGCAUGAUCUUGCUGAACAAAGUAGUUCUUUCAACAUACAACUUUAAUGCGGGAAUAUCUUUGAUGUUUUAUCAGAACUUAAUCAGCACUAUCAUUGUUGUUGCCUUGAGUAUAUGCGGAUUUAUUUCAGUAGAAAAGCUCAACUGGAACCUCAUUCGGGUUUGGAUGCCCGUCAACAUAAUCUUUGUGGGCAUGCUAGUAUCAGGCAUGUACAGUUUGAAGCACAUAAAUGUUGCAAUGGUAACAAUUUUGAAGAAUGUGACAAAUAUUAUGACCGCAAUUGGUGAUUAUUAUCUUUUCCGGAGAGCCCAGAAUAGGAAAGUUUGGACUGCAAUGUUUUUGAUGAUUAUUUCUGCUGUAAGUGGCGGCAUCACGGAUCUUUCGUUUGAUGCUACAGGAUAUGCUUGGCAGAUUAUGAACUGUGUUCUUACAGCAAGCUAUUCACUUACACUAAGGAUGGCUAUGGAGAAAGCCAAACAACUGACAAAAUCAGGAUCGCUAAACGAAGUUUCAAUGGUUUUGCUCAACAAUUUAUUGUCAUUACCUUUUGCGAUGAUCUUGAUUGUUAUUUUUGACGAAUGGAGUUAUGUGACGAACACGAAUGUAGUUACAGAGCCAAUGUUUUGGGCCGUUGCAACACUUAGUGGAUUGUUGGGACUUGCCAUUAGCUUCACUUCAAUGUGGUUUUUAGGUCAAAGCAGCCCUACAACUUACAGCUUGGUAGGGUCCCUAAACAAGAUACCAAUAUCACUUGCUGGAAUAGUAUUGUUCAAUGUUCCAGUUAGUGUACCAAACCUAUUCAGCAUACUAUUUGGUUUAUUCGCCGGAGUUUUCUUUGCUAGAGCCAAGAUGUCCUGAUUUUCGAGCUUUCUGAUGAGUUAAAUAUGCAUCACAUUGCGAAAAAUGUAGAAAUAUAUAAGAGAUGAUCCAUCUUUUUUGUACCUGUUUCAACAAUGCUAAUCUGUAUAGACUAUACUCUUAGUUGCUUUUCCCGAAACUUUUGUUUUUUCUUUUUUUUUGUUGUAUUCAAACCUUAUAAAUUUUGGACAAAUUAAUUAUGUACUUUUUUUUUAAU